CGUUUCUUUAACUCUCACUUCCUGUCUUCUUCUUCUUCUUGCUCCUCCAGCGCCAAAUUUCCAUUUUCUCAUUUGCUACUGUGUCUUAAAUUUCUCGAAUCAAGGGUCAUCGGGACUUCCUCACAAAAUCAUGGCUACGACUUCCGAGACCAAUAGAGACAUGGAUACCAAGCUCAUUCACGAAAAGUACGACCUCACAAUUGAUGGAGUGGACAUCGUAAUCGCCGCCACUCGGCGAGAAGCAACUACAGACCUUGCCCCUAUUGUAUUCCUGCAUGGCUUUGGAUCAACAAAAGAAGACUACAUCGACAUUGUCCAUCAUCCGUCUUUCUCUGGAAGACCGUUUCUCGCAUAUGAUGCGCCUGGAUGCGGAGAAACUGUUUGCAACGACCUCUCAAAGAUGUCGAUACCGUUCUUGAUGGAAACAGCAAAGGCCGUACUCCAACUGGCAGGCAUUCAGAGAUUCCACCUUUGCGGCCAUUCCAUGGGCGGCCUGACAGCAUUGAUGCUAGCGCAUCAGGAUCCGUCAAGAGUUGUGAGCUUCAUCGACAUUGAAGGAAAUAUCGCCCCUGAGGAUUGCUUCCUCAGCCGACAAGUCAUCACAUAUCACUCAGACGACCCGGAAGUGUUCUUCGAAGCCUUUGUACAGAGGGUUCGCAGCUCAAAAGAAUUCUCGAGUUCAUUGUAUUCUGCAAGCUUGCGUCACAAGGUUCGAGUCGGUGCUGUACGCGGCAUAUUCGAAUCAAUGGUCGAUUUAUCUGACAACGCGGAUAUCAUGACGAAGUUUUUGUCUUUGCCUUUUCCUCGCAUGUUCAUGUAUGGAGAGCAGAAUGCUUCUCUAUCAUAUCUUGGUCAUCUCGAGGCCAACGGAGUGGAGCUGGCCGAGAUACCUCACAGCGGACACUGGCCGAUGUAUGCGAACCCAUUGGAGAUGUGGUGUCGUAUCGCAGUAUUUUUGGAUCGUCAGAAGCAAUAGGAGUUGCAUCUAGUCAUAGAAGAGCAUAGAUCCUGAUAUAUAUAUAUAUAUAUGGGCAGCAGCUUGCAAUUUAGACAUAGAUAUCCGUAUCAUUACACAGGGAG